AUGUCAUCGCAGACUUCCACGAAGAAAAGGUGUGCGCUUAGUGAAUGCGAGAGAGAUAGAGUGGCCGUAGAGCUGUUAAAGCGGUCGGUUGAAGGCGUUCCGCGCGCGGGCGCCAUCAAGGAGGUUGCGACCAAGUUUGGCGUCGAUCGCAAGACAGUGUCAAGAUUGUGGAAGCACGCAGAGGAGGAACAAGACAAGUCAGAUAUGAUACGCUCUCCCUCGCAGCGUAACCAGCGCGGAUGUCCCAAGAAGGAUCUCACUGCAAAAUUAGAUAGGCUGUGCAGCGCCCCGUUGGCGCAACGAAGCACCCUGCGGUCGCAUCGGCGGUGUCUGGUGUGGAACGAGCCAAACGUCAUCGACGUGUACAAGGAGACCGGCUUUUGA